AAUUCAACAAUUAACAGCUAUAUUAUGACGUGGUCGUUGAUUACGUUCAAUUAGCAUUCUGGAACAUGACUUCGUAGGCCUAUGUUACCGGCGAUGCUAAUUUUCAAAUCUAUCUACAACUAUAUCCACGUUUUAUUGGGCCUAAGUUUAAUCAUUUGUAUGCGCCUAUAGGCUACAUGCAAUUGUCCGUCUAACAUGCCGCGGCCUUUCUCGGUGUAGUUAUAUAGGCCUAGUGGUCCUCGCAGUUGUAUGACAACGUAACUACUUUCAAGUCUGCGUGCAAGAUGGAAGACCCAACAACAUCCCAAGAAUGCACGCCGAGCGUGCCCUCUGAAACAGGUCAAGAUGACAAGCCGUCAAGUGGAGCCAGGGGCAGAUCCACGAAACGAGUGUUUACCGAUCUUGAGAUGCCGGAUGGCGAUGUGUUAAAGAAGCUUAUUGAAAUAGACCGGGAUCGUAAGCUGCGGACUAUGCGCCAGUCCAGUAGCUACUGGCGGUACUUGCUGGGCACGCUUCUAACGUGGCUGAGGAAGCUGUUCCGCAUCAUCAGCACCUUUACGCUGCACCCAUUCUUUGACCAGUUCAUCAUGUUCGUGGUGGUGAUCAACACUGGUACGCUGGUGGCACUGACGUUUGAGAGUGUGAACGUGAGGGGAGGAUGGUUCUUUUCUGCCCUGGAUGCUGCUUUCCUGGCUAUUUACCUGAUGGAGUGGCUUUUGAAAACUCUAGUCUUGGGUCGUGUCUACUACAAAAGCGUACCCAACGACCUGGAUGUUUUCAUCGUUGUCCUGAGCCUGAUUGACUUCAUGCUGCCUCUGAUCGAGGCAACGGGGAGCGUCGGUGGAGGAGGGCAGGUCUCAACCGCGUUCCGUGUUCUGAAGAUGUUCAAAGGCGCCCGGGCCAUCCGAGUGUUCCGGGUGCUGCGCACCCUCCGCUUCCUCCACAACCUCCAGUCCAUUGUGAACACCUGCCUGCAGUCCUUCCAGUCCAUGGGCGCCAUCAUCCUCCUCAUGUUCACCUUCCUUUUCAUGUUCGCUGUCAUUUUCCGCGAGAUGUUCUACAAGUCGGACCCCGAGCGCUUCGGGACCAUGUUCCGUACGAUCUUCACUCUCUUCCAGCUGCUCACUCUGGACGACUGGGCCUUCAUCUACUCCACCAGCAAGGACAACGGUGCACCUCACAUCAUCAUCUUUCUGGUGUUGUACAUAGUAGUGGAAUACUUCACUUUCCUCAACCUCUUCAUUGCCGUCCUGGUUGACAACUUCCAGCAGACAAUCAAGAAACGGAUGGCGGCAAAGAUCCAGAUGUUCCAGGACACUUUUGAGAGCGAGAUGCAGGAGAUCAGGAAAAUAGCAGUUCAUACCUCGGAGCCGCAGAGCGAUCUUCAGUUCUACCAGGAGACUUUAAAUUGCACAUACAGUGACAACAAGUACGGACAGAGGGAGAAGGAGUUUAUGAUCAUGUACCUGAGUCUGCUGGCAGCCAUAGACCAGCAGCAGCACACCUUCCGCUCUCAGACCAGCACCCUGGAGCGCAUCAUCGACACUUUCUUUGAGGCAACAGAGGAAGAUCUGCAUGGCAAUGAAUCUUCUUUCUAAUGAUUGGCUGAUUAUACCUACCAGUUACUCCAAUCACAGACAGUGGUGGGAUCCAUUCAGUUUUUUUUUUAAAUUGCUAAUAAAAAAACUAAACUUGAAAGCUU